AUUUGACAUCGCGAGACAAGACAACGUCGCGUUGUCAUCGAAUGUCAUCAAAAAUGACAAAAAUAUAACCUACAUUCACACGAAAACACAGUCUGUACAAGUAAGUGAAUUAAGCGUCCUGAAAUCGUCCAGACAAUUUGCACUAAAAUGUCCAAAGACACGCACAUAGACCGCGAUUUGGAUUUAUCGAACGCGAAUCGCGGCGUGUGGUUGGUUAAAGUGCCCAAGUAUGUGGCAAACCGAUGGGAAAAGGCCCCCAACGAAAUGGAGGUGGGCAAACUGAAGAUUACCAAGCAGCAGGGCCAGAAGCCCCAAGUGUCCCUGACACUGUCCCCGGCCAUUUUAAACCUCAACGAGCCUGGAGAGGAGAGUAUCCCGAAGGAUCAUCGCCUGGAUGUGUCCACUGUGACCCAACAAACGCUCGGAGUAUUCUCCCAUGUGAUACCUGAAAAAUCCGACUCAGUGGUGCCUGAGACGGAAAAGCUGCACAUGGAGGGCAAAAUCGUGCAGAAACUAGAAUGCAGACCAUACGCAGACACGUGCUACAUGAAACUGAAGCUGGAGUCGAUCCGGAAGGCUUCGCUGCCCACUAGGAAGGUGAAACAGCUGGACAGAGUGGUGCAUAGCUACAAGCCCGUUUCUGACCACAAAAACAACAUCGAGUAUAUGGAGCGCAAAAAGGCCGAAGGCAAGAAGGCGCGCGAUGACAAGGAUUCCGUCCUGGAAAUGCUGUUCUCGGCCUUUGAGAAACAUCAGUACUACAACAUAAAGGAUCUGGUGAAAAUCACGCGGCAGCCAAUCACCUAUCUAAAGGAAAUUCUGAAGGAAGUGUGCAAUUACAAUCUGAAAAACCCGCACAAGAACAUGUGGGAGCUGAAGCCCGAAUACCGACACUACAAGCCAACGGAAACCGAAACGAAGAAAGAGGACUCUGAUGAUGACUAGCGCGAGCGCGAAACUAGGCCUAGAUCCGCAACAUUGUAUGGUGUGAAGACUUAUUGUUUUAAUUAAACCCAGUACACAAUGAA